UGAGCAAAUGGAAGAGCACAAAUUCGCGAGAGCAAGAAACGAUAGAGCGAGUGGGCAAGCGAAUGAACAAGAGUGGUUAUAAGGGAGCACAAGAGAAAGCAAACAAAGAGGCAGUUUGGGCAAGCGAAAAGUGA